UUGAGAGUCUUCCUGUCUGUACCUCCCCCUGAAAGCCAAAGGUUUUCUCAUAAACAACAGUAAAGCAUAAAUCAGCAGAAACGAGAAAGAGUUUGCGUCUCGUGUGGUUCCAAUUGCUGUCACGUCUACAGCAUGAAGUGUGACCUCAAAAAAACUCUCAUACAACUUUUAUUCAUGGUGUAUUCGAUUCUUAAAGCUGAAUCUAGGUAUGAUAAUAGUAUAACAGUCCAUGGUAUAACAGGAGAAAAUGUGACCGUUAACUUCAAGUUUGAAGAUCCUGGUAUCAAUAGUCUUUCCAGCAUGCCUCUUCUUCACAAAAAUGACCAAAAGAUUGGGAGUUGCAAGCAAACUAGCAAACAUUGCCUUGCAAGAUUUGUACUCAGCGAUGUGGAUGAUAACAGUACUGCAACAUUAUACAUCAUAAAUAUCACAUUGGAAGAUGAAGGAAGAUAUCAUGUCUCGCUGCAUUUUGAUGGGGCCAAACCUCUGGUUCUUAGUAAUAAAAUCACUUUUGCAGUGAAACCACGGAAUAUAACAAACGAAAAUAGGACAUCUUUGAAUACAAAAGGCGAUAUCAUUAAACCGGAGACAUCCAAAGCACAAACCUUCUUCAUUUAUAUCAGUGCAUCAGUCAUUUUAUUUAUAUGUUUAUGUAUGGCCCUGCUGUCUUGGCUCCUUUGGAUCUACUCAAGAAAACAAGACAACCCUCAAACCCAAAGCAACGGCUCAACAGAAAGGGAUUGUAGGAGACCCGAUGCUGUGACCGUCAGCUGUGUGGAGUACGGAGAGUUAGACUUUCAAAACCGACCUACAAGAGAUGACAAAGUAAAACCUGUUGAGGUGACAUCAAAUGCCCAAGAUGGUGUGGAAUAUGCUGCUAUCAUUUUCCCUCAGCAAAAACAGACACCAGGUGGGCGGAUGAGAGAUAAACAGCGAGUACAUCCCGUCACGAGAUCGAAACCAUGAGCACACUUUGUCCACUAAACUUUUUCACUUGCAUGUUUGCUGUACACGCAAUAUACAGUAUAUGUGGGACAUUAUACCGAUGCUUCAUACAUGCUUCUUAUACUCUAAAACGUGCUGGGUCAUUUUAAUCCAUGGUUGAGUAAAAUUUAUAAACCAAUGAUGAGUUGGGUGGUUUAGAUCCAUAGUUGUGUCAGAUGUGAGAAUUUUCUAUGUUCAUUUAACCAGAAAUUGGAUUUUUCCAUAUUUUACCAAACCAUGAGUUGAAAGUGUUAAUGCGGUGUUAUUUUGAUCACAAUAACACUGUAAACAUUCCACAAACUGUAACACUGAGUCACAGAGAGGUGCUAACCACAGAAGCCCCCAUGCAUGAAGAAGGAACUUUCUACUUGAUUAUUGCUGUUUUACGUGGUCGCUAAAUUGUAUUGGGCCUCUGAUCAAAUCUUUUGGGUGGGCCCUAUAGAGUAAAAUAUAGAGGCAGAAACUGACCAAUCCUAUCGAUGGUUUCAGCAGCAACAACAUAAAUGUUAUGUGGCCAAACGUAACUUCCGGUGGACAUCUGCAAAGCAUCAAUAACUGUUGAGUAGUUUUAAAUGAAUUUAAGACAAUUAAUAUACAGUAAAAUAUUAGUUUAAAUUAAAAUGAAUAUAAAUUAAAUAUGAAAAAAACAUUAUUACUAGCCAGACUGAAAACCAAACACAGACCCGAAGUUAACUUUGGGCCAGGCACAUGCGUCUGAUGAAAUCGUCUAAAUCCUAACACCCUAGCAACUACCAGAACAGCCUAGCAACCACCCAAGCAACCACAUUGCAACUUGAUUAAAACCUCUCAGAACACCUUGUGCAAAAAUCUAGUUAUGACUAUAUGUUACUGCUACUAAAAUGCUUCUGUGUAUUUUAACACUAUUUGAGUAUUCAGUUGUUCAUAAAAAUAUUACCAUGAAACUUUUUGAAUAAUGUACUCUGUACAUAUGGAAGUUUGAGAUGGAACUGUACUUGAAUAUUGUCUGUAUUAUUAUAUAGUUAA